UCGGGAAGGUGGUAUCUCCCAAGCGCGAUAUAGACGAUUCCAACAUGGCGGCGGCGGCGGCGGUUCAGGCUCCGGCUCCUCCGCUUGCUGCGAUUGCUCGUGGCUCCCAGAGUCCCUCCGUCCGUCCGCUCCCAGUACUGGUCAUGGGCGAGAGGCUCCAGGAUUCCCACCGACUCUUCAUCUGCUCCUUCCCCGACUGCGGGGCGGCCUACAACAAGUCCUGGAAGUUAGAUGCGCACAUGUGCAAACACACCGGCCUGAGGCCCUUUGGGUGCGCGAGCAAAGGCUGCGACAAGCGCUUCUGCACCAAGUACCACCUGAACCGGCACGCGCUGAGCCACAGCGGCGAGCGCCCGUACAGGUGCACAGCGGACGGCUGCUCGGAGGCCUUCACCACCAGCAGCAACAUGAAGAAACACGUGGCCCGCAGGCACCACAACAAGGAGAAGCUCUACGUUUGUGAUUAUGAAGGCUGUGGAAGAGAAUUCAAGAAACACAACCAGCUGAAGUCUCACGAGUUUGAACACACCAAUGUUCUACCCUAUGAGUGCAACUUUGAGGGUUGUGGGAGGCGCUUUCCUGUGCCCAGCAAACUGAAGCGUCACGAGAAGGUGCAUAAAGGAUACUCGUGCACAGAGGAUGGCUGCAGCUUCCAAGGCAAGACCUGGACAGAGUACCAGAAGCACAGGAAAGACCAACAUCAAGUACAGCUGCAGUGUCCCACUUGUACCAAGCUCUUCUGGAAUGUCUGGAAUUUCCAGCAACAUCAGUACGUCCACCAGAAGGAGCGUCCCGUCUUCUGCUGUCCUAGGGAGGGCUGCCAGCGCACCUACACCACAGCCUUCAACCUGCAGAGCCACAUCCUGUCCUUCCACGAGGAGCUGCGGCCAUUCAGCUGCUCCCAUCCUGGCUGCGACAAGACGUUCGCCAUGAAGCAAAGCUUACAGAGACACAGUGUGGUCCAUGACCCGGAGAAGAAGCAGCAGAAAAAGUCCCGCCCCAAACGCAGCCUGGCUUCCCGUCUUAGUGGAUACCAGCCCAAACGGAGCAUCCCUUCAGAACAGAGCAAGCUGGCCGUGUUGCUGCAGGAUGCAACCUUGCGAGAGGCCAACGGGGCCAUGGCCCUCGGGGACUAAUUUGCCCAAGCAGGCAUGAUCCUUUUUGAAUCACCAUGUUUUCACUCUUUCUUUUGUAGUACUGUACAGCUGAUGUACAAAGUUUGAGUUCUAUAUGAUGCCUUUGUUAAUUGUCACUGCUGCAUUCUUGUCUUAAGAGGAUUCUGUUCUGAGCUACGUGCACUUACAGCAGAUAACCCGCCUCAGUGCAUUUCAGUUUAAAAAAGAAAAUAAACACACAAUU